UUGCGACGUGUGGAUCAUCGUUCCUUCGGAGCAAACGAUUCGGGAUCGCGUCCACCGCGUCUGACAGUUCCCGGCUCCGGUUGACUCGCGAAGGUAAACACCGCGUCGCAUAAUUGUCUUCGAAAUCGCGAUACUCCCGAAAAGUUCGUUAUACGCGACACCUUCGUCGUCGUUGUUGCUCCGAGUGAAAAAGAGGAUCAAAUCUGUCAACAAGUUCACGUAGACGCAUAGCAGCAGGAUCAUGCCCGCGGACGCCGAGCUUAGCAACCUGCUCAGCAGACGACAGAGGAUCAACGACGAGCUUGAGGAGGGCAAGGAGGUGAAGAAGCAGUACAAGUUCGUCAACGUCUACACCGAGUUCCACGAGCUGUCGCGUCGCGAGAUCAAGCAGUACGAGCAAACCUUCAACAGAUUCGAUGAUGGUCGUGACGGUUAUCUCGACCUUGCCGAAUUGAAGCGGAUGAUGGAGGUCUUGGGCGCACCGCAAACACAUCUCGGGCUCAAGGCGAUGAUCCAGGAGGUCGACGAGGAUGGAGACGGUCGCAUAUCUUUCCGUGAGUUUCUGCUGAUCUAUCGCAAGGCGCGCGCCGGUGAGUUAGAACGGGAUUCCGGAUUGAGCCAGCUGGCUAGACUCACCGAGGUCGACGUCGACGAGGUCGGAGUUACUGGCGCUAAACACUUCUUCGAGGCCAAGAUCGAGCAGCUCCGAAAGGCCUCGAAAUUCGAGGACGAGAUUCGCAUGGAGCAGGAGGAGCGAAAGCGAGAGGAGGAGGAAAAAGCGGCGAGGCGGGAGCAAUUCCGGCAGAAAGCUGCUCUCUUUGGCAAUAAUUAAGUGACGGAGUAACACGCGAAAGCAGCCCAGCACCUCGACUCGUCGUUAGAAACUGCGAAGAAGAAUCGCCGUUCGGAUCGUUAGGUUUAUAUUACCCGAUGCUUGGAGCAGCAAGCGGUCGCGAUAUCGACAGCGCCGGCGAGCGCGACUCCAUAAAGAAUUUAAGUGCGCUCCGAGGAGACGUGAAAUCGCGGCUCACUCGUGACGGCGAUUGUUCGGCGAGCUCCCGAAGCACGGAUCGAAGAGCACCGCGCGGUAUAAUUACCAUGAGUCUCAUUACUCGCGCUGUAGCUUCGAGAUUUCAACUUGGCGAAAUCUCGUGACGCUUUCGAUCCCUGCUCCGAAGGCAGCGAUAGAAUUUUCGCAAUAUCGUGCUUUCGAACGCGUUAACGCGUCCCUCACGUGUAGGAAUAAAUGACGAUAACGAGACAGCGAGUUUUCUCGAACGGUCGCUAUUUUGAUGCUAUCUUCUUCGGCGCUACAUAGCGAUUACCGUGUUCGGAUCACGCUAUUGCGAAGAGUCUCUAGUUCACAUAGUCGUGUACACAUGAGUUUUACGUAGAGGAGUCGGAGAUCUUGAUGACUAAUUAUUGCUGUUGAUAACUAAUUGUUCGAUGUACAUCUAUUUUACAGAGGCAAUUUAAAAUCGGACACGAAACCUUUAUUUUACAAUACUACUGAAGACUCGUGCGUAAGUCGGGUAAUGUGCAAAUUAAAUUUGUGACAGCAGUUUCGAUAAGAAUCGUCACGGUGUUACCGUGAAAUCGUCAACGGGCCUAACAAUUGUAAGCGAUAUCUGAAGCUCAGAAUAAAUUAGUAAUUUUGCGUAAACGAAAUAUUUGCAUUGUUGUUUAACGUAGAUAUAUCAAUGUUAACAGAAUUCACGCGGAGAUGGGAUUCCCAAUGAAGUCUGAAAAUGUUAAGGUCGGAUAAUCGAUCUGUUACUUGUCGUGGUUAUUAAAUGACUAUUGGAAGAUGAUAUUCUUCCACGGGGCUUUGUCGGACGAAGGAUGAAAAAUGGAAGAUUAAAAAAAAAGAUUGAACGCAAAAAGAACCGAUAUUGCAUUAUUCCAGAAAAUGAUAUUAAAGAGUCUCGAGUCUCCGGUAACGUGAGAUUUGCUUUGCCGGCCCAUGUACCUUAAUUUCAGUUGUGACGAUCUUUCCUCGAUUAUAAUAACAUUUAUUUUGUCGCGUUAAGUGACGCACACACACACUGAACGUAAUUUGUAAUACAUGUGUAUAACAUAAAAGAUACGUACGUAAGUUGUAUGUGUUAUGUAGAUGUCUUUGCUUAAUUUUAAGAACAACAUAUUGAAAAGUUAUUCGUAACUAAGGCCUUUUCUCAUGCAGAUAUUUCUCUGGCGGCCGAUUCGUUGCAAUUAUGCUUUACAUUUCAUCCGUAUGAUUUUAACAGAUGUUUUAUUGUGCAUAACUGACAAGAGUCCGAUUUAAUGAUCUUCGUCUAUUGAGUUGUCAGUUUUUGCAUUAAAUAGAGCAGAAAGUGUAAAACCAUUAGAAAUGUUAAACAACUUUUUCGUCAUAAUUCAAAAAAAACCUUUUACUUUGUUGUCUUAAUGAGCUUCAUCUUAUGUUACUUUUUACUUUGUUAUGUUAUUGCUCAUACAGCAUACUGUGUAUUGCUUAUGAGAUGUACAUGAUAUUUUCACAUGAAACACACAUUGUAAAUAAUAUUAGAAAACCUUGGACAUCUACUGUAGGAAGCGUAUAGGUUUAUAAGCUAUAGAUUGUAAAUAGACUCUUAUUUUGUUGCGUCGAUUUUUUACGGAUUUGAUCGGAAGGUGAAAUGAUUAUAACGACGUUGUAUUGAUAUUGUGAUAUAGAGACUGCAUCGUGCUAUCGUCGUUGAUAAAAAGAGACCGGCUAAGAUAAUGUAAAAUGAGGCAAAUAACUGAUUUAAUGUUUACACACGA